AUGCUGAUGCGCAAGCUGCUGGCUGCGAGGUACAACAGGAGGACCGAGCUAACCGAGAAUCUUCAGGCAGAACCCAAGCCCGACCACUUCGGUGGCCUCUUUGCCAACACCAAUGACCCGAAUGCAAAGGUCGACAAGGAGCAGGAGAAGCGAGUCAAGACUAUCCUUGACAGACUACGGGUCAAUGGCAUCGAUACGAUGGUCGAGGCGAAUGCGGAGUAUGUAUUGCAAGUAUCACAUGGCGACAGUGAAGCAGCAUACAAGCUGUUAGUAUUACUGCAGUGGACAUACGAGGGUAUUGUGGAGCCGUACGAUCCUCAAGCGAAGCUGGUCGGUGCUAUCAAUCGGCAGGGUGUUACGUGUUAUGCGGAUGCGCUACUCUUCGCAAUGUUUGCAAGACUGGACAGCUUCGAGGCUAUGCUAUAUGACAGCUACGAGGACUUACCACGAAGAAAGCUUGCUGGCGUGCUUCGAUUAUGGGUCAAUAUGCUUCGCACCGGCAGGUUAAUUACGACCGACGUGACGUGGUACUUGCAGAACGCCUUGGCAGAAUGUGGUUGGGAAGAUGCUGGGAGGCUUAAGCAGCAAGAUCCUUCUGAGGCUUUCACGUUCAUUACGGGUCAGCUAGGACUGCCACUGCUGACCUUGAAGAUGGACUUGUAUCAUACCGGCAAGGAGGAUCCGCAGGACGACCACAAGUUCGUCAACGAGCGCUUACUGGAGGUGGCGAUUCCUGACGCGCCCGAAGAAGGCAGCGAUGUCAUAACUCUGGAACAAUGUCUUGAGCACUACUUUAACAAUCGAAUCGAGGUGAAGCGACAUUUGGAGCGGCGGCGAAGAGACACUCUCAAAGCUGGUGUGUCAGAUGAGGGCGCCAUUCAGGCAGAGAAGGAACCUGCUAUGCAUGUCGAGGUUGUUGAGCUAGCCGAAGCUUCGACGCCAGUCGUGCAAACGCCAAUAGCAGAAUCACCGAUACAAUUCAAAAAUCCUCUGGAUAAACUCCGACCUACAACGGGCAGAAAGCGAGCGGAUAGUAUCUUCAGCCAACGGAGAAUCGAACUAACAGGCAUCGAUCCGGAAGCACUCACGGUCACGGAUUCCAAUGCACCAUCGGACGGUCCAUUACGGAAGAUGAGCACGCGAACAGAAGUGCUCAUGCCAGCAUGGCAGUUCUUUAAGUUACUACCUUGGUAUACCGAUCAUCUGCCUACGUCUGACGCCCAGGUCGCCGCCCACUUCUCCAAGAAGCGUCCAGUGCUUGGUGUCUGCUUGAAGCGGUACUCAUAUACAUACCAAGGCCAGGCACAAAGACGAGAUACCUACGUUGAUAUACCAUUGGAGAUCGGGGUACCCAACUUUGUAAGCGAUGAUCAUAUGAAUGAUGAGGGUCCUCUGGUGGGAAAUUUCCGACUACAGCUGCAGUCUGUGGUAUGCCAUCGCGGCAUGUCGGUUAAUAGCGGACACUACAUAGCGCUAUGUCGAGGUACGGCAGCGAACGCAGUCCAUCAUGGCAGUAAUAGCGAGUCCAGACGGGGCAGCCUCAAUAGUGAUACGAUCGAGGAUCCUUGGAUGCGCUUCGACGAUCUCGCACGAGAGCGUGUGACGUACGUGAACAUCCAGCAGGCUUUGAGGGAUGAGACGCCGUAUCUGUUGUUCUACCAGGUCUUGCCCAUAGGAGAGGACGGCCACUCGAUCCAUGAUCUGCCAAGCUACGCGGAAGCGACGACCUCACGAUCACAUUCUGAUGCGGACACGCUGGAAAAGCCAUACUUGAACGACGCCUCCGGAUCAGAAAGUGCUUUGACAAACAGCACGUCGAAUUUGGCCUCGGAAGGAGCGACGUCCGAAGCGACAGACUUCGCGAACGGCUCACAACGUGUAAGUCUUGACGCUGUUCGCCCGCUCGAUGGGCCACGGGGUCGCGCUAGCCACUCAGAUGAACGCAGGCCAAGCAUAGCUUUUGAGGGGUCAAGCUACACCGAUAGCGCAAGAAUAGACCCGGCAUCCAUGUCAGCGCCAUCAACACCGUCAGAAGAAAAGGGGAACGCGUUUCUAGCCGUAGCGAGCAAGUUGAAUUCCCGUCGCGGCAGCAAAGCAUCCAAGACCGGCUCGCGAAGCCGACCUACAACCCCUGGACCGGACCCCAGCGCCAAUCGUCUGAGCUUCAGCAUGAGCAAACUCACCCAACGCAUGAGCAGGAAUGAUGUCGUAGCCGUCCAGCCCUCCGAAACCGUCGCGGCCGAGCUUGCGGGCCAGACCGAUGCGCAGGAAAAGGUUGUAUUACCUGAGAAUCCGAGCAAAGACGGUGUUAGUGAGACGGUGAAGAGGAUUAGCAGUAAAGAGAAUCUCGAGACGCGCAAGCCGCCUCCGACGACGAAAGCAGUGACGAGGAAAGAUAAGGCGGCGUUGAGGCAUGAGAAGCGGAAGAGUAAGGGGCAUACGGAGGAUAGGGAUUGUGUGGUUAUGUGA